AUGUCUUUAAGAAAGGUAAUGAAGGGUGUACCCUUGGACCCGCUGCCGGCUAAAGGGAUUCUAUAUAGAGAUGAAGAUGCGCUUACCACCUGCCAACGAGAGUGUGUGGCCCGGGUUGGUACCACCCUUCAAUUGGAGCAAGAGUCGUAUCUUUCCAGACAUCCAGAGAUACGGGCAAUACUAGAGACGUUUGUUAGUAAAAUGACCAGAGAAAACAAGCGGAAAGGUAUUUUAAAGGAAGCAGCAGAAUAUUUUACGAAACCAAUAGAAGAACUUGAAUCUGAGAUCAAAGAACACCUCAACAUUUCGGAGGGAAGUUCUUUCAUUAAGAAAGACGCUAAGCAAUUCAAAUAUAACGAUUUAAAGCUGAUAGAUGAUAUACAGAAGAUUAUCAGUAUAAAUUAUCCCGGAGAACCGUUCAGAAUUCUAACACCAGACGCUUCCACAAUUAAUACGGCAUCGUCAUCGUUUGUAUCCAUUGCUACUUCAGACACCACGCUACCAACUCCAGAGCCGAUACCAACCCCGGAGCCAACACUUUCAGAAACAUUAUUUUCCUUGGUAUCUAAUACAGUUGAUAAAGCAAUAUUUCUUCACGUUGACGAACCAGCCCUACGCUACGAUACGGCUUAUGUAGAACUGAAGAAAGCUGUCGAAGAAGCUAUGGAAGUACCUGUUAUUGAAAUCAAGGAAGAUAUUGCUGAGUUAUAUUAUAAUUCAUAUAAAAUGUUUGAGCUAAAUAUCAUGGAGAAGGAACGUAUCACCGCUGAAAUCGCCUGGGAGAAAAGAAUGCGCAAGAAAUUGAAGAGAACACUUAGGCGUCAGAAUAAUUUUAAAGGGUAUGAGACUCCACCUACACCAAAAAGUGUCCUUUCAUCGCACGAGAGUUACAAAAGCCGCCACCACGUCCGUGUGUUUGUCAUCCACAAUACACUUAUAACCGUUACCCAAAGGAUCGCUUUGGAAUAUACUUGCCCAGACAGGCAGUCAAUAGUGAGUAAGAAGUCCGCAGUUUCGGCGAAAAGUACAGUCAGUAAGAAAACUACUUUUAAGGAGUGA